UUUUUUUAAUUCUCUCUCUCUUCGGUGAGAGUGCGGCCGGGCUGGGCGAGGGGAAGGAAACUUUCUCCCCCCCUCCCCCAGGAUGCUCCGGAUAUUUUUGAAAGGGCGGAAGAGUGAGAAAGGGAGCAGCGUCUGUAAGGGCAUCUCAUGCUCUUGCGAAGGUCCCCCCUGACACCUCGCUGCUGGGAUUAAAGACCGGAGCUGGAGAAACUCCUCCCCUUCCCUCGGCUUCUCUCAUUCUCCCCCUCUCCUCUAGCUUCCCCCCACCCCCCCAAAUUUCCUAAGGCCAUUAGGAAGGGGGGAAGAAAAUAAAAAGAGAGAAAAGAAAAAAUAAAUAAGGAGCCUGAAGUAACUGCGGCCCGUGGGACGGUGGGGAGAGGUGGAAGAGGAGCCUCCCUCUCCAGAUCCAUCGCUCAGCACCACGCUUGGGUGAAGGCAUGGGAAGCACUGCCAUGGACAAGAAGAAAGACGCCUCCAGCAGCAGCAGCAGGAAAAGCUCCAGCCACAAGAAACUCAUGUUGCGAGUGCACAUCCCCGAUCUCAGCUCAUUUGCCAUGCCAUUCUUGGACGGUGAUGUGGAGAGCACAGACAAAAAUGCUUCCCGCAAGGUGGAAGAAAGCUACUCAGCUGGCAGUCCUUCAAAAGGCCUUUUCUCAAAAGGGCUCCAGAACCGACCUUCCAGCCCCGUUUCUGCCCCUGUGAGAUCCAAACACAGUCCUGGCUCACCCAAAACAGUGUUCCCCUUCCCCUACCAGGAGUCUCCCCCACGCUCCCCACGCCGAAUGAGCUUCAGUGGGAUCUUCAGGUCCUCCUCCAAAGAGUCUUCCCCCAAUUCUAACCCGUCUACCUCUCCUGGGGGCAUCAAGUUUUUCUCCAGAUCAAGAAAAACCUCUGGCCUCUCCUCUUCUCCAUCUACCCCAACACAAGUGACCAAGCAGCCCACGUUUCCCCUUGAAUCCUACAAGCAUGAGCCUGAGAGACUCGAAGCACGGAUUCACUGCUCCUCGCCUCCAGACACGGGGCAGAGAUUUCCUCUGCCUCCGUUGCAGGGCGCAGGCAAGCCUCCCAUCGUGACACCAGCUCCCUGUGCUACCUCAAAACCAAGCGGGUAUCCCGACAGAAGACACCCCGGGAUAGAGGGGGUAUCCCGGGACAGAGGGCACCGCGGGAUGGCGGUACCCAGGACAGAGCGGGUAUCCCGGGAUAAAGGACACCCCAGCGCCGGGAUCGCGGCUCGGCGCACUGCGGGAGCUCCCGUCACACACAGGGGAAACCCCCUCAACACCCUUGCACCCCCCGGGGGAAAGUGGAACCGUCCGCUUCCCCGCCGCUGCCUCGCAGCACUUGAAGAAUCGGAAAGUGACAUUUAUGUGCGAUUCAUGAGGUCACACAAGUGUUAUGACAUUGUUCCAACAAGCUCUAAGCUUGUUGUUUUCGACACUACGCUACAAGUAAAGAAAGCCUUUUUUGCCUUGGUGGCAAAUGGUGUUAGAGCAGCUCCACUGUGGGAGAGUAAAAAACAGAGUUUUGUAGGAAUGUUAACGAUUACAGAUUUCAUUAACAUACUGCAUAGAUACUAUAAGUCUCCAAUGGUUCAGAUUUAUGAAUUAGAGGAGCACAAGAUAGAAACCUGGAGGGAGCUUUAUUUACAAGAGACUUUUAAACCUUUAGUGAACAUCUCCCCAGAUGCAAGCCUUUUUGAUGCUGUAUAUUCGUUGAUCAAAAACAAAAUCCACAGAUUGCCAGUUAUAGAUCCAGUCAGUGGAAAUGCACUUUAUAUACUUACCCAUAAAAGAAUCCUCAAGUUCCUCCAGCUUUUUAUGUCAGAGAUGCCAAAGCCUGCCUUUAUGAAGAAGAAUCUGGAUGAACUUGGAAUAGGAACUUAUCACAACAUUGCCUUCAUACAUCCAGACACUCCUAUCAUUAAAGCCUUGAAUAUAUUUGUAGAGCGAAGGAUAUCGGCAUUACCUGUUGUGGAUGAGUCAGGAAAAGUUGUAGAUAUUUAUUCCAAAUUUGAUGUAAUAAAUCUUGCUGCUGAAAAAACAUAUAAUAACUUAGAUAUCACGGUGACACAAGCCCUACAGCACCGCUCUCAGUAUUUUGAAGGUGUUGUAAAGUGUAGUAUGCUGGAAACACUGGAGACCAUUGUGGAUAGAAUAGUGAAGGCUGAGGUUCAUCGUUUGGUGGUAGUGAAUGAAGCUGAUAGCAUUGUGGGUAUCAUCUCCCUUUCUGACAUCCUACAAGCUCUGGUACUCACACCUGCAGGUGCCAAACAAAAGGAGAACGAGAGCGAAUGACUGCUGUGAAUGUACACGUUUGUAGGAGAACUUGAACAGAGUUUCUGGGUCGUUUGUCUCAAGAGCAGUGACUGCAGUGGAACAGAGCAGGAUGGUUGAGAAUGUGUUUUGGGACUUAGUGAUGGAUGAUGAGUCUCUUCCCCCCAGUGAUGUCGCAAAAAAAGCAGCAUGACAAAAGCUUAUGUUAAAAUGUAGGCUCGUAUUUCAAAAUGUCUUCAAAACAUUUGCUGGAAGACUUCACAUGAUGUCCUUCAUUAAAAUGCACUGUAUUCUGAAACUUUUUCAUUUUGUAUUUGACAGAAGUCACUGGUCAGCAAUGGAUAUAUGUGACAUAAGGCAAGUGUAUGGCAUAUUCAUAUCAUAGUGCCUUAUGUCAAAAUACAGCAAUAUGUCAUCACUGUUGCCCAUCACUGUCAAAGGAAGUGUUGUGCUAAACGAGACACUGUAUUUGAAUGUGAAAGUCUUUAAACCUAAAACCAAAUCAGUUUCAGUUCUCAUUAGAUUUGUCAUAAAAGCUGUAAUUUGGGUAUCAGUAGACUUCUUUAAAACUUCAAUGACAGUUUUGUGUUCAAUGUUGCAUUCUGAACUGAAAUGUAAAACAAGACUGAUUUAAAAACAGCUUUAUUUAUUUUUACUUUCAUGACAAUUUUUUACACAUCUUUGGUGGAUAGCUAAAAUUUCACCAUAUCCAUUAAUAAACUGUUGAUUGUUAUACAAACAAGUGGGAGAUUUUUCUCAUUAUUUAAAACUUUGGAGUUGCAGAAAGAAGCUGUGCUCUGUUCACCAGUCUGUGUUACUUGAGCUGAAGAUUUCAGAAGCAUGGAUUGAAAGUGCUCUGUCCUGUCAUACACAGGCACCACGGAGGAAAUGAGGUGCCAGAGGACAUUUUCACCUGUAUUAAAGUGUAAAAUGAUGUUUGUACAACGAAAACCUGAAACUUUUUAUUGUAUAUGAUUUGUACAGAAGUGGAGGAGUGAGGAAAGACGUGGGGUAUUUGCUAAUGUAAAUGUACUGUAAAGUUUGAAGAUGAGACUUUUAUAAUUGUAGAUUCUUGUAGAUGCAAGA